GUCAGCCCUUUAACAGCUGCCUGCCACUUACUGAGUUGCCCUUCUUUAUUCAGCUAGAUAUCUUCGACAGUUUGACUCUCUCUAGCCGCCUUAAUGGUGUCUUUCGACCCCACGCUGCUGGACGCCGAGACCGCCCUUGCGAUCCUCGCAUCUCUGCGUUUGCCGAACGAGAUAGCACUUUGCAUCUUAGACCAAGCUCAAUACUGGAUAAAGGAUGAGUACAAUUGUGAAGAGCAUACCCUCCUUAUAGAUGGUGCCUGGUCGCUGGAUUACUCGGCUGUGUACCCGUACCUCUGCGUUCGCGCGUAUCCACAGCUUCAAGGACGACAUCUACAACUCCGCGAGAUAACUUUCACUAUCGUCAGCCAUGACCAGGGAUGGACUACCGAAGAUACGCAAGGUACCUAUCAGACAUCGUCCUGGUUUGAGGUUUCUAUAAUCCGGCCAAACAUGGCCUCAUCCGACCUUCUGGAACCUGGACUUCGUCUGCUACGAGAUAUGAACAUCAGAGGGGAUAUAGUGGACGGCGUCAAAGUUGCAUUUGAUAUCAUUCACUCGGACGGUCGUUUUGAACUGGUACGUCGCCCCUCGUCAGAUUUCGAACCUCAGAGGGUUCACUGCACAGAGAUGAUGCAAGUGAACUCGCAAGGUGAGAAAGAAGGCGAAUAUGCUUGGUAUCUGCAAGGCAAUGAGGUUGCAAGGAAGAAGUCAGUGUUUGAAGGGGAGAUGAUAAAGCGAUACAGAGUGACCUGGGGCUGCAAACACAAUCCUGUGCAGGUGACCAACGAGGGAGCUGGCAGCGGCGAUGGCUUUAUCGACAGCAUAGAAAAAGACGAUUACAUCUGCGUCUGGGCACGAGCAAAGAGGCGAGGUUGGGAGAACCAGAUCUAUGGUGUUCGGAUGGUCAUGCGAUACAUGAUCUAGCUCAACGAUGUCGUGAUGCCGGCGGUCUCAUCGAUGAAAAUUCUGCGUUCAGGCCAGCAGAACACAGCAGCAGGGAUACCGAAUCAGUUGCUUGCCCCGAACGCACCAAAUCACUAGUCAACAGACACCGGGCGUGAAAAACACUCGGCUCUCAACAUUCGUAUUGAGAU